AUCACAAUGGUUGUGUUUGUUUUACUGCAUACCACAAGAGCGGUUGUUAUGUCAUAAAUGCAACUAAGAGUAAAACCGCUUACACGUGCUGAAAAGGUGGUGCAGGUCGACGAUGGAGCUUACGUUUCAGACCUGCUGGCUGCAGUAAAGUGUGCUUUUGAUAUCGAUCCUGAGUACCAGCGAUUGGUUUAUAAAGGAUGCCCUCUUCUAGACAGAAACAAGCUUCUUCUAAAUUAUGAAAUAAAGGAUGGUGAUAGACUCACUUUGUUGACAAAAAAUACGAACCACCGUAGUGACUUCGAGUCACUACUCCGAAAAUAUUUAGCCGAGAAACUACCUGAGAUGAAUCCUGAUGUCAUAGUGCCGAAAUUUUUACAGAUAUUGUCAGCUAAAUUGAAUUCAAUGAGUCUUUGUGACAUAGAGCGUUUGGCAAGUGUGUGGUUUAACUCUGGAUGAAGUGCUUCAUCACAAGGAAUUCCAUUGUUUGCUUGUUAGAUCUCUUUGGUUUCUAUUGUACACUGAACAUCGAUUUUGGAUAUGACCAUCUAGAUGUAUGUAUAAAUCCUAAGGCUUUCGUUUAUUGAAUGUUUCCUCUGAAUAUGAUUAAGUUAUAAAUAUUACCAAUGGAAAUGUUCACUUUUCUCAUUUCUAUUGUAUUACUACUGCCAAUAAAAGAUAAUUUUAUGAAGUGGUAG